AUAACAUGUAAUUUCUGCCACUAGUGAUUGCUCAAUCAAAACAAUAACAAAAUACAUAGUUUGAUGAAGUUAUGGAGUAGUGUGGGAUCAUAGGAGAUCGCCACCAGCUGAGAGACCAUGACCUCCGGCAGAGGUCAUGUUCACGGACAGGUGAAUGUGUUCAAGUACUAUUGGCGUUCAGUCACGUAAUGUAGUUUAAUUCGAAUGAAAUUGCUACAAGUAACAAAACAGCUUUUGCAACCUUGCAGUAACAUUAAUAUUUUAAGUAGGAAAGUAAAAGUUUUGAGUAUGAGUAUUUCUGACAGCUAGAUUAACCUCAUAUGUUACAGUAUUAAACAUUGUAGAACGUACUAUUGAAAAACAAUGCAAUAUUAAAAAAAAUUCAUCCAUUCAAGGAUGAAAAAGGAUGCUAAGCAUUAAAAUGUAUAAUUUGCAUCAUUGUCACUAUGGUAACACAACUUGUUGACACUCACACUUUUUGCCAUCAGGCUCUUUGACAUGAUGUCACCAUGCCGAGUGAUGGAAUUCAUAUGCUAUGUUGACUGGUUUCCGUGGCUCUGUUCUUCAUCAGUUUACCUGGUACCGUGCGAGAACGUCGUGUUUUUCACUGCUCUCUCCGUGCGUUUUUUUGGCUUCUGCUUUUCCAACAUGCAUUGCAUUGUCGUCUCACCACCCUCUCCAAGACCCUGUGAAGGUCAUCUUGGAGUACAACCGGACCCUGGACCCUCCCUCCGGACGUCCAACUCUGAGGUCAAGGCCGCUGUCAACUUCACCCCUGCCUCGGCCCCGCCCUGGCGGGUGGUGGUGUCUGGCUCCUCCCUCAGAGCAGUCAUCACCCAGCUGCUGACUCAGGUCAGCCCUGGGUCCCACCCUCCUGUGUGGUGGUUCACCAUCUUCCAGGAGGUCCACCGCCUCCUCCGGUCCUCCUUCCCCUGGGUCAGGGUGAGGGUGGACAGGCAACAGGCCAACUGUCUUCUGCAGCCCAUAGCUCAUCACCAGCUGGCUAAAUACAUCAUGGCCCGUCUGGAGAAACAGUUGAUCCCCUGGAACGGUCUGGAGAAGGCUCUGCUCACCGCGCCACACAUCUUCCAGCAUUACGCCGUCUACCUGGUGGCUAAUAGCAUAGCCGGGCUGGUCCCGGAUCAGCUAGCACCUAGCCAGAAGGACCUGCUGAGGAUGGAGUGUACGCUGAAGAGCCUGCCUCCCGGCUCCAUGCUCACCGUCAGCAGCGACCUGGUGGACGACCUCAUGGUGAAGCUGGUACUGAGGCUCCUGCCCCUGAACGGCGAGGGCUACAGACCGCUGAACCAGCAGACGCUCCUGACCACCACUCUCAAGAUGAGUUGUUUCAUCCUGGCCACACUAAAGAAUAUGCCCGGCAUCACCGUGGACACCAGCCUCCCUUGUCCGUGCUGGGACAUCAGGAGGCUUGCCAUGCUGGUGCAUUGCGGCCUUACCAAGUCCUUGGGGACCUCUCUCCAGGUAGGUUUGGUUGCCGAUGAAUGUAUGGUGGAUGAGCACUGGCUGAGGGCGUCUUCUCUCUUGUCUCUGUUGAAGGGCCCUAAUGUGCUCGUCUCCAUCCUUUGGGAGGUUGUCGAGGCCCUGCUGGCCCGGUACCAUUCAGACCGCCCUGAGGAAUCCUCCAUCCCCACCCAAGUUCCCAGGGUGAUGCAGGAGGAGCAGGAGAUGGAGGAAGAGCUGCUCAGCCAGAGACUUCCUGAGCAGCUCAGGGAGCAACUCUACGGGACGUUUGGCACGUGGGUCCAACACGGCAAACUCUUUGGCAGGGCUCUCCCACCGAUGAGCACCGCAGAGCAGGACCUCAGAGGAGCGGACGCAGCCGUCCCCAGCAACACUCUGGCUGACGACCCUGUCGCUCUGGACCCCAGUCUGGACGCCCCUCAGGAGGAGCAGCCCGACAGCCACAGCCGUUGUGAUCCGUUUGUGAUGGAGAACAGUAGCUGUGGACCCGUCACUGGAGAUCUCCUUCCUCCAGCAGCUCAGCCGGAGAACGGAGAGUCUAACUCCGUCUCCACAACCGACCCGGUUGUGAUCCAGCGGUCCACCGUUGGAUUCAUUGUGGCCCAGCUGUUCAGAGGCCGGGACGAAAUGUCCUCCCCAUCCCACAUCGACCGGUACCGGGCCUUCCAGAACCUGGUUGUCCGGGAAGUCCACCUUCUGCUGCAGGAGGAGGCCACCAUGAACCAGGGCAACCCUGGGUUUGAGCGGACCCUGGAGCGCCUGAAGGACCCCGUGCAGGAGGAGAAACUGGGUCUUCAGCUUCGCUGGGUCCUUGAGGAUAGGCUGAAAGAGGCCUUGCCCGGCGUGUGCCUGUCCAGGGACGGGCUCAUGAAGGACCCCCCGAACACCCUGCUGGCCUGCUCCCUGAUCGCCACAGAGGUCCUUGAUCACCUGAAGACCUCUGUGAGCUCUCCUGACUACAACAAUGAGGCAGAGGAGUGUCUUCACGGGGAACAGUUGUUGGCCCCCGCUAAGGUCAGUCAUCUCAGAUCCUGGUGUAACAGUCCUUCACAAAGGCCCUGACGUGGUGGGCUACACACAAAGAAAUGUUUAAGAUAAAAUGAAAACAUUUCAUAAAAUGAGCAGACCAUAAUUUGUUUGUGAAUGUUCAAUGUCUGCUUACUGGCUUUCUUGACACGUUCGGAACCGCUUUCAACGCAACGCCCUUACGUUGCCUGAUUUGUGUGUGUGCUUCAUUACACGAUCAAUUAUGUUAAAACAGACAAUACAGCAUGCUGAACAAAGACACUAUGACACUCGCUUGCGUAUUGC